AAGUCAAAAAAGGAGAAAACCAAAAACAGGUUGUUGACCGCAUUCCUUAGCAGCGGGGGCGGUCAGAUUGAUACACAAAGAGGGGACGAAAUGUUUCAGCAAGUAGUCAAGGCUAACUUGAAACAGGGCAGCAGCAACGCUCGCAAAUAAACGAUUACUUUCUGUCCAUUGGACGCAGCUGUGACACCAUCUAACCUGGUGGGACAAAAUGAUAAUCCUGCGCUUGCAAGGCCUUGAUGAGAAGGCAGGCUCUAAAGAUGUACGGAGAUUCUUCCAACGCCUUGACAUACCUGACGGUGGAGUGUUCAUCGUGGGAGGAAAUCUGCAAGAAGCAUUUAUUGCAUUUACUUUAGAAAAACAUGCACAGCUUGCUUUGCAGUACACCGGAAAGCUCCUAAAAGGAUCUAACGUUAGUCUUUACCUCAGCAGCAUGGCAGAGCUGGAGAAAACACUUAAAUAUUUGCUGAAAAGGAGGAAACUCCCCCCCCCACAUCCUACUGUGAAGAAACCAUGGCCAUUUGCAGAUGCUAAGGUGCUGCCUUCAAAUGCUAGCCCUCUUGAUCCCAACACUGGAAUUCUGCCAGAGCCUCUUCAUCCAAAUACUUCAAAUCUACAACCUUCAAAUGCAGCAUCACCACACAUCAAUGCUGCCUUCCUUCUUGGGAUGUAUAGUGUCAUUCAAAGUCUCCAGUCAUCUGGUCAAGGUGAAAACCAUGAGGCAGAGAAAACUGUUGACUUUCCAAAAACCAACAGCACAGGCGUGUUUGAUGAAAUGAUGUCGCCAACAGUAACUCAGGAAACAGGGCCAGGCUACGUCAGGCUCUUUGGUCUGCCAGCCUCCACUAAAAAACAGGAAAUCUGCCAGUUUUUUAAAGGGUUGACAGUUCAGGAAGCCAUUGUGAAUGUUGAGUUGGGACGUAGCCAUGCGUGCCUUGUGAAGUUCGCAAACUCACAGGAUGCGUUUGAUGCUCUUGACUUCAACCAGCAGUCACUGGGCCCCAUCUGUGUGGAGGUGCGUGCAGGAACUGAGAAGAUGUGGACCAGUGCACUGCUCGAAUGUGAAAGUGCUGUUAAUGUUGGGGAGAGAGUGAAAACCAAGCAAAACCCUCUGACGGAAAUGGCACAUCACAAACAAAAAAACACGUCUGCGCUGCAGCUCAAGAGGCAGUUUAUCAACCAGUUGCCAUCAAAAUUGGCAAAAAAGCCAAGAGCUGAUUGUGACUCGAUCACUACCAUAUCGCCAGCUGUGGAGUACACCAUCAUGGUCAACAAUCUACCCAGAGGGAUGACCAAGACUGAAAUAAAAGAAUUGUUUAGAUGUCCAAACAUUGCACACAAAGAUAUAUUACAUCUGCUUGACAAGGAAGGCAACAGAUUAGCCACAGUCUUUCUUACAUUUGCAUGCGGUGAGGAUUAUGAGUAUGCAAUGAAUCUCAAUGGGUGCCAUGUGGGCAUGGGUACCAUUGAGGUCUCAUCAAUCACUAAGAUGACGAUGAGGGAGAUGAUGGCCAAAACCCUACUCGGAAGUCCCGAACUUUGUCCAAAUACUGGAAAGAGGAUUCAGAAUAAAAAUAGGAAAUGGAAUCCACUUGUGCCUAGCAAUAACUCUGACCCAGCAGCUCAGACCUGCCUAUUUGUCAGAAACCUGCCCGCAAAUGUAAAAGAAAGUCAAAUACAAAGACUUUUCAGCACAUUCAGACUUAAAAAGGAUAAUAUCCUCUUACUGUGUAACAACAGUGGGGAGGGUAUUAGUGAGGCUCUGGUUAAGUUUAAAUCUCAAAAACUUGCUACACUGGCACAAAGGCUCCAUGGCCAGGACUUCCAAGGGACAAAACUACUUCUCACUCGUAUUACCAUGAAGCAAAUGGAGGACAUUUUGGCAAAAAAUGUUUCAGGCAGCCAAAAUGUGGACAUUGUGGCUUAAAGGCCCUUACCUUUUUUUUCCUGACAAGUUUGUGUUUCAUGAUCUUUUGUUGAGUGGUUCUUACUUUAAACAUGUUUAACAAUGUCAUUAACUCUGAACAUUCCAUACAUUCUAAAAUAAAUGCUUUUUUACUGUUCA